AUGCAUUUCGCUUCCAUUCUCACCGUUCUCUUCACCCUCGGCGCGGCCUCGGCCUACCCACGUCACGCCACUAGAGGCCUCCGUCCCCGCUGCACGGGAUCGUCCAACCACACGACCAACCCCUUCGAGGGCAGGAAGCUGUACGCGAACCCGGACUGGGCCGAGAAGCUCGAGGAGACGUACGCCUCCUUCGCGGCCGAGGGCGACGCCGAGAACGCCGCCAAGGUCCGCGCGAUCCAGGACAUCGGCACCUUUGUCUGGAUCUCCAACACGGCGAGCCUGCCCGCCAUCGACGCCGCCGUCGAGCGCGCGCGCGCGGUCCAGGCCAAGACGGGCGAGAAGCAGAUCGUCGGUCUCGUGCUGUACAACCUGCCCGACAGGGACUGCAGCGCCGGCGAGAGCGCGGGCGAGUUCAGCAGCGAGGCGGAUGGCCUGCGGCUGUACAAGGAGACGUACAUCAAGCCGUACGCGGAGAAGCUCGCCGCCGCGCGCGACCUGACCUUUGCCGUCGUGCUGGAGCCCGACUCCCUCGCCAACCUCGUCACGAACUUGCACGUCGAGUUCUGUGCCAAGGCCCAGCCGGUGUACGAGGAGGGCGUCGCGCAUGCCAUCGCCAGCUUGCAGUUCGACCACGUGAACCUGUAUAUCGAUGCAGCCCAUGGAGGGUGGUUGGGCUGGGAACCAAAUCUGCUCCCUUCGGCCAAGAUCUUCGCCAAGGUCGUCCAGAAGGCGGGCAACAACACCAAGAUCCGCGGAUUCUCCACAAACGUCUCGAACUAUAACCCGUUUCACGCAAACCCGCGGGCCAACUACACAGAGUGGAGUCCGUCGUGGGAUGAAAACCACUAUGCGCUCUCCCUGGCCCCCUACCUCGAGGCCGAAGGGCUGCCCUCGCGCUUCAUCAUCGACCAGGGCCGCGUGUCCAACAGCAGAGAGGAGUGGGGGGAGUGGUGCAACGUCAGCCCGGCCGGGUUCGGCGUGAAGCCCGGCACGCCGGUCAACAACACCCACGUGGACUCCAUCGUGUGGGUGAAACCUGGCGGCGAGAGCGACGGACGAUGCGGGCUCGAGGGCGCGCCCCGGGCCGGGGUUUGGUUCAACGACUAUGUGCGGAUGCUCGUGAAGAACGCCGACCCUUCCAUCGUGGCGAAGGAGGUCUAG